UCAGGCUGAUGAUGCAGGCGCGCGCUGAGGCGGCUUCACUUUGAGCGCUUCAUUGUGCGCGUGAGCCGAAACUCGUGAGUGUCCCUCGCCGCGGACCGGUCACGAAGAACCCGAAGCGCACGCUGAGAGCCGCAGAAGGAUUCGUCUCGCAUCAGUCCAUCCGGGAUUGGAUUACGCGUUAAAAUCCCCACCCCUCCCACCCACCCCAGCGCUGGGAUUCAGUUCCGUUCCCCCGAAGAUGCCCGUUUGCGGAUCGCCGAUCAGGGACUUUCGCGGAAUUAAACGAGCAAAAGAUCCAAACAAGUUCCGAAAGCCAGAUGUAAACGCAGGGCUUCAGAUUAACACGUGUGAUCGAUGGCGGCGGUGCUACACACUGUAUCAGGACACAAAACACAAGCUGUGUGGUGAUAGCUGAAGCCUUCCUAUGAGGUGAGCGUAUCGGUGCGGACCCCCGGCUCCCCUCGCAGCGACAGCAGCAGCAGCAGGACUAAGGGAUGUCACAAGUAUUCCUCCUUCUGACCCUGCUCAGUUCCUCCUCCUGCAUCCAGGUGUCAUCUGCUGCAUCCCUCAAAACUUUGAUGGCAAGAUGGAUGAUGUACAGAGAGGAAUGUUUUCGAAAUAUUAGCAGAGAACCACCGAUGUCAGGUCUGGUGUGCAACAGAACAUUUGAUAAAUAUGCCUGCUGGCCGGAUGCACUGCCUAAUACUACAGUGAGUGUGGCCUGCCCCUGGUACCUGCCCUGGCACAAGGAAGUCCAACAUGGCUUCGUGUAUCUGGAGUGUGAUGCAGAAGGACAGUAUAGCAAACAGAAAAAUGCCAGCGAAUGUCAAUCACAUGACCCCACGCAAAUCAACAUGCAACACUACGGACGGAUCCUCAGUCAGUUCUGGACCAUGUACACCAUCGGAUAUUCCCUGUCUCUCGCGGCUCUGGUGCUGGCGUUGGGCAUCCUGGUGGCCUUUAGGAAGCUGCACUGCAUGAGAAACAACAUCCACAUGAACUUGUUUGCCUCCUUCAUCCUGCGAGCCUCUUCUAUUCUCAUCAAAGACGCCAUGUUGGAAAGGCCUGAUGACUUCCAUGUUGGUCAGGACAUCACCACUGAACUGGAGGUGGAGUGGCUGGUUAAAAACGAGACGGCGGUCGGCUGCAGGGUUGCAAUGGUGAUGAUGCAGUACAGCAUUCUGGCCAACAACUACUGGCUGCUGGUGGAGGGCAUCUACCUGCACAGCCUUCUGGUCGUCACAGUCCUGACGGAGAGGAAUUACUACGGCAUCUACCAGUGUAUCGGCUGGGGUGCCCCUCUGAUAUUUGUGUUGCCGUGGGUGAUCGUGAAGUACCUGUACGAGAAUGAAGAAUGCUGGUUGCAGAAUAUUAACAUGAAGUACUGGUGGAUUAUUCGUUCACCAAUCCUGCUGGCCGUGUUGAUUAACUUUUUCAUCUUCAUACACAUCAUCAAGAUCCUCGUGUCGAAACUGAGGGCACACCAAAUGAGAUAUUCCGACUACAAGUUCCGGCUUGCUAAGUCAACCCUCACCCUGAUUCCGUUACUGGGGAUCCAUUCAGUCCUGUUUUCGUUUGUUACUGAUGAGUCUACCUCACAUGGUGCUCUGUCUCUGCGCCUCACAAAGCUAUUCAUCGACCUCUUCUUCAACUCCUUCCAGGGGCUGUUGGUAGCCAUCUUAUAUUGCUUUGUCAACAAGGAGGUUCAGUCUGAGAUUCUGAAAAAAUGGAGACGUUGGAAGCUUGGGCGGGACAUAGAGGAGGAGUACCGUCACACCUACAGCCAGUCCCUUCAGAUGAAGAGUGGCAGCAUCAUGGUCCCUCCUAACAACCUCUCGCGGCUGCCUGAUAUCGCUACCACUACUUCACGGCUCGGCAGUCCGGAAGAGAAGCAGAUGUUGGUGUCCAACAGUCAGAACGGUAUAGGUACUGGAUUGCAGUUCACUUCCACACCACAAGAUAGUUCCACCUGCAGUUCGAUAACAGAGGACAUAGUGAUGGUGGACAGAGUAAAGGUUUGUAACGUUCAACAGGACAAUGUCUAGAGCAACCUGGGAGCUCCAGAUGUCUCGCAGAAGAAGACCUUUAACCCAACCACCCUCGCUUCUUCUGGCUGAGGGCCCUGAAGCAAGGAGCAGGAGACGUGUGAAUGUGUGUGUGUGUGUGUGUGUUUGUGUGUGUGAGUUUGUGAGAGCACUGUCCUCUCUGAUGGACACAUGAUGGACACCCCGUUCAUCACAUUACAUGGUGCUCAGUUGGCACUGUCCCAGUCAGACAGGAUCAGCGGUGAGCAGAAGUUGGACACAUGUUAGGAAAGAUUUGCACAAAUGUACAUGCUAACAAACUCAGUGAUGAAGAACAGAGUCUUACCUCUAGUCUUAUAUAGCUGUCUGUGAUGUUGACAAUUUAGUAGAGAAAAUCCAUUGGGACUGCAAGGUUCAAGAGGAGCCAUCGCAAGCAAACAUCUACAACCAGCACCUCUAGAUGAAUAGAAGAUUAAGAAAGAGAUAGACUUGAACUUGUCAAAAAGUUAACUAAACCGGGUAAUGCAUUCCAGAGUGCAUGAGCUACAUUUGAACCGAAGGAACCCCAUAUGUCCCUGUAGAAAAGACCAACUUGGACCUGAAUUUCCAUACAGGUUUAUGCUAAUAUGGUGCCGAUGGACCAGCAAAGCCAAAAAUGGGUGAAGCUGAUUGAUCAAGGACAUUCUGCUGGUUAAAUAAGCAAGGAUACCUUGUGGUGACACCAACACACCAGCAUUUUUGUUUGCAUAUGUUUUGGAAUCGAUUAACGCUUUUGGGUACAUGUAACACGUAAAGAUGUUUUUGUGUAGUUUCAUUAAAACCAUCUUUGUCUUUGUUAGAAAUUAAUUGCUAAGCUAAAGUAUAGACAUAGAGUGAUAAAGUAUUGACAGGUAUUGCCCGUGUGCCUUUUUCUAUAGGUCAUAGAACCCAUUAUUAAAACAAAAACAGAAAGUGAAGUGCAAAUCAGGCACCCAAUCUUCAGAGGUAAAAGUUACUUAAAGCAGAUUCUGUAUAGCAAACAGGACUUCAGCAUUAGAUGAAUGUGCCACUAUUAAUCAUAUGAUUUGCUCCCUUCAAGGAAAUAUGCUUGGUAUACUCAAGCAUGCAAAAUACAGCCAUAUGUGAAUUGCUUCAAAGGGUCUGGGUCAAUGCCUUAAUGGAGUAGCAUGACAGAUCUGAUUCCCCUGUGUCAAUGGUCAGAGGAGAUGACUGUCCACAAGACAUGUUGAUAUGUUCAGUAUUAGUUAGCAACUGCUUCUUCUCUCACGUACUUCUUAUCUCCCAAUAGACGUUCAAAUCCUUUGCCAUAGAGCUUUGAAAGAUGCUCAGGAAGUGUAGGAGGAACUGUGGAGACGGGAGCCAGAAAGCAAAGAGAAAAUUUAGAACAAAUUAAAACAUAAGACAUCGAUCAAAAUGGUUCCUCAGUCAGAGGAUGUUUGUCAUGCUCAGUUCAAAUUAUGAUAUGCUAUUAAGAAAAAAAAAAAAACAUACGCAACCGCAAGACAUUGCGACGAAGUGUAGAGGUGAAGUUUGUAAUUUUAACAACAUUAGUGCCACCAAAUCUAAUUGUUUGAGGUGCCCAGCUGAGCCAUAACAAUAAAGAGUUUGAGGUGGGACUUUUUCUUUGAACAUAAGGGUUAAAGUUUGUCUGGUUAAUAUUAGCAGUUAAUCCCUGCUGGUAUUUACUGACUACACCAUUACAGUGGCAUCUUUUCUUUACUGAUGACCUUACAUGUCAAACAACUGCAUUUAAGUUGAAUACGAAUGCUUACACAUUUAUAUUUCUCAGUUAUUGAAAUUAACUUGGCCUGGACAUUUGGAGCACUGAGAGUUUGUUAUAAAAAAUAAAUUUGUACAAUUCUGUUUAGUGUCACUAAUGAUGUAUAAAUGACUUACUUCACCUUCAAUGACAAUGAGCAGCUGAUGCCCCAUAUUGUGGCAUUUGUGUGCAUUAUGAUGCACAUUUAUAUUUUCUUUAGAUCAUCAUUAAACACAUGAUGAUAAUGACAAUGAUUUUAGCUGAUAACUAUGUGGGGCAAUUUGCACAAUUUUAAUUUAUAAUUGUUAAAUAUGUAGAUACUGGUAAAUGCCUGUUGAGAUUUGUAAUGACUUUGUUUUGUGAUGUCUGUUAUUUGUGCACAUGGUGUGUAUUUUGUGCUUGUGCGUGCUUCGUGGAGAGUGAGAGAAACCUUUAGGUCCUGGUUUAGUGUUCAGGUAACUAAACAGAGAAAUUACUGGCAUUUUUGACCAAUUUUGCCUUUUGAGUGAGAGAUAUAAUUUGGUCCUUCUUUGGGUGAGAUGGUAGUGGCUAAUUUAUAAUAACUGCAGAUGAAAGACUCUUUAGUGCUUACAAAGUGCUAAACAUUGGACUUUUUCCAAAAAGGGAAAUUCUUUAUCGCCACAAGGGAUCAAAGACCAUGAACUUAUUUGUCUGAGGUUGUCUGCCAAAACAAAACAUCCUGUUGAAUAUUUCAAACUGAUUUUCCAAAACUGGCAUCGUGUAAUGUUAUCCAAGCAUAACAGUAAUCGUGGAAGUCAAUAAAUCAUGCAUACAUG